GAUGAAGAUUCAGACGAUGAUGAUGCCUCGUUUAUCCGAAGACGCCGCGAGGCUGUCGAGGAACCUGCCAAGGAAACAGCUGAACAAAUCGCUGAGAGCGUCACAACCAUUCCCACCACCAGCUCAGUAACAACCACCCGUAAGCCGGUGCUCGUCCUAAUACGUGAUGCACUCAAAAAGGUCACCGCGGAGUUGCCCACGGAGCAGGUGGCCAACAAUGCCCUACAGUAUUUCCAGCUGUUCGAGCACUUUAUACAGCAAACCAUCGAGCAGGUCAUUGAUGCUGCUGAUGACGAUGAGGAGGAGCCAGCAGCAACUGCUACCACCGUCGCAACUGUCACGGAGGAGGAGAAGGACAAGCACCCCGAGAUGCCAGAGACGCAGCCCGAAAAGCAAUCCGAGUUGGCUGCAGCUGUAACUGCAGCUCCUGUCGAAAAUACGGCCCAGCCCGCGGAGCCGGCAAUUGCUAGCAAUGCAGUCUAG